GAACUAUACAACUCUAGUCAAAGCCAGCAGUCGAAGAAUUGAGUCGGAGAGUUCCAUAAAAGAUUAAAAAUUUCCUAAUAACAAGAAAUACAAUUGAUAAUAAUAUAAAACAAAUAAUACUAAUCGACGACUAUUUACAUUGAUAAUCAGUUAUAAAUAAGAUAAACCAAAAACCACAUAUAAUAAGGGAAGAAAAAGGUGCUUCUUUCUGACGACAUUGACGGACACAUAAUUUUCUUUCAUAAGCUAAUUGAAUUUACACACACACGCACGUACGUACGCUCAUACUCAUCGAUAAUAUAUACGACGUCGUCGAAAACGUCUUCAAGACACAUUGCUUGCAAAGGAAAAUCACACAGAAGAGUGAAGAGUGGCGGCCAACCAUCCGACAAAAUAAAUUAAAACAAUAACAAACAUUUCGUCAUUGCUAUUUUCGUCUGGUGGAAAUAAAGCAGAACGAACUUAACGCCUGGCAGCCAGAUCCAAAUCGGUGAACAACUCUUACUAAUAUAAUCGACGAGAGCCUAAAGACUGAACUAACAAAACGCUAUUAGCAAACGGCGUGUGGAGCAGAGGUUUUUGUUGUUGUUGUUAUUGCCUCAUUACAUAGUAUUGUAUAUUAGUUUACAAGGAAAACGUAUUAAAUCAAAUUCUUCGAUUCCAUUGGACCAAAUCAUGGCAACCCAAACAACAGCUAACACCAAUCCAACAGAGAGUGUUCCAAAAGUUGUUGGCGGGGCAGCUGUUAGCGCGGAUGAAGUAACAUCAGAAUUAGGUUUUGAUAUGGAAGAUGUGAAACAUUGUUUUGACAAUUUGAUUGUCAUUGACGCCGGAGCGAAUCUAACCAACAAGAAAUAUAGCCGUGAUUUGGAUUCCGUCAUACAAAGAGCCAAAGAUGCCGGAGUACAAAAAAUUAUGGUACCCGGCACUUCGGUAAAGUCAAGCAAAGAAGCCCUUAGACUUUCACGCAUUUAUCCCGAUAUUAUUUACUCGACUGCUGGCAUACAUCCACACGACUCAAAAUCGAUAAUCGAAGAUCCGAGCAGCUGGUUCGAAUUUCAGGAAAUUGCUGCAUCGCAAGAAUGCGUUGCUAUUGGACCAUGUGGUCUAGACUAUCAACGCGACUUUUCCGAACCAGAUGUACAAAAGGAGAUCUUUGAAAAACAGCUACUUUUGGCAAGCAAUUUGGGCAAGGCCAUAUUAAUUCAUGAGCGUUCCGCACAGCAAGAUGUACUCGAUAUACUAGACAAAUUCGAGAAUUUACCACCAGUCAUUGUUCGAAGCUUCAUGGGUACCGCUGAAGAAGCAAUUAAAUAUUUAGAUAGAAGGUUCUAUAUAAGUUUAACUGGUUAUUUAUGCAAGGACAAAUCAGACACUGGCGUUCGUCGCCUACUGGAUAAUGGAACCUUACCUUUAGAUCGCCUUUUGGUAGAAACAGAUUCCCCAUUUAUGUAUCCAAAUACACGUGCUUCUAAGCUUCCACAACAUGUCAAGACUGGCAUUACUGAACGCUCCUUAUUGUACUUACAUAGAUACUGUACAUUUCAACGCAAUGAACCAUGCAGCCUGCCCGCUAUUGUGGAAAUGAUUGCCGCCUUUAUGAAGAAGUCGGCCGAUGAAGUGGCUUUAGCAACAGCUUUUAAUGCCCUCAAAUUAUUUGGACUUUCCUAAGGACCACCUUCAAGUGGUUAAUAACAAAAAAAAAAAAAAAAAAAACGAAAAGUGGUGUUGUUUAAUAGUUUUGAAUGUUUGCAUGCAACAUACGUAACACACACAUACAUACAUAUUUUUUACAUAUAUACUGUGCCAAAAAAACACACACAUAUAAAUCAUUUGCUUAGCAAAACAAAACAAAAAAUUCAACAAAAAAAACAAUACUAAAAAACUCCUUUGAAAAAAGGAAACGAGACUAAAUGAGUGCCUUAUAAAAAUGAAAUGCAACUACCACUUUAAAAUUAUUUUAAGUUAGACAGAAACCAAUCAUACGACGUCUUAUCCGUGCGUUAACUAAUCACAGCUAACACUAAGACGAUAAAAACACCUAUAGCUUAAGUUUGCAAUCAAAGUUAACAAUUCAUGGCAAAUAAUGUUACUUUAUCAAAAGUUUACUCAUAGAAAAAUGGUGUUAAAGUUUGCCAUUAAUUGUUGCAAAACUCAUUUUUGAACAUAAAAAAAUAUCUAAUCGAAUUUCUUUAUUUUUAUAAUUAAAUGCAUACAUAAACAUUUAGCUUUAAGUUAACAAGGGAAGUAAUUUGUUUAAUGCCAUGGCAAAGAAGAAGAAUGAUAACAACUAAAUCAAUUCAUCAAAUACUCGGAGACUGUGCACACUCCCACACAAAUGUUAAUGAAUUGUUUAACCAUUCAACAUGGACAACAAUGGAUGGAAAUGCUAAUUAGCGUUAAAAACUAACAGCUGCAGCUUUGUUUUCUUUUUUUAAUAUUAUUUCUUUUUAUUAUUAGUAAUGCCAAUUUUUGGUAACAUUUUUGUAAAUAUAUUUUAUUUGUUUUUAUUUUUUUUAUUUUUAUCGUUGUGUUCCGAUCUAUUCGUUUAGUAAUCAAAUGACUAAAUGAAAACAUAAUUCUAAAAGAAACAAAAUAUACAUUUAAGUAUGUACUUUAAGUGCUAUUUACAUGAAAAUAUUCAUUCAAUCCUUGGCGAAACGAAUGCCGACAAAUUGAGGAUGAAUCAAGAUAUCCAUAAACAACACACAUUUAUUAUUACACCACAUUUUUUUUAUAUUUUAUAAGUCAUUCAUCAAUAUCAUGCAUAAGCAUGCUUGAUAUGAAAUUGUGAUCAUAUAAAACAUAAAGCUAUUUAUUUUUUAUUUUUAUUAGUUUUAUAAACAAUUUUUUUAUACAUACAAAGCAACACAUACUUAUAUACCUAUCUACAAAAUCUGAAUAAAAAAGAAUUCAUUACAUUGUAUGUUAAAAAUGCGGAUUUUAAUUGAAACAUACAAACACCCACAUAUAUUUGACAACAAUUAGUUUUAAGAAUAACACAGAUGAAAUGUUUAAUGUGAAUAAAAGGUUUAUAAGGUUUGUUAAUAGAGAAAUGAGAACUUUAAUAAAAAUUAUGGUGUCGCCUUUUUACAAAAAGGGCAGCUAAAACGUUAAA